UUCGUCCUCACUUGACUCGCCCCUCUCUCUCUCUCAACAAUCCACGCAUCACCGACGCGCCCAAUCCACACCACCCCCGCCGCCGCCGCCAUGGGCCGCCGCGCCCUACCGCUCCUCCUCCUAUUACUCUUCUCCCUCGCCGCGGCGGCAUUGGCAGCGGAGCAGCCCCAGCAGCAGCCGCAGAAGCCCGCAUUGCCGCCCCCUUCGGCCGCCACCGGCGCCGCCGCGGCGGCGUCUAGCGGCGGGGGAGGCAGCAGCAGCGGCAGCACGGGGGUGAGCUCCAACUCGGUGCUGGUGGCGCUGCUGGACUCGCGCUACACGGAGCUGGCGGAGCUGGUGGAGAAGGCCCUGCUCCUGCAGGCGCUCGAGGACGCCGUCGGCCGGGGCAACGUCACCAUCUUCGCGCCCCGCAACGAGGCCCUCGAGCGGGACCUCGACCCGGAGUUCCACCGCUUCCUCCUCGAGCCCCGCAACCUGCGCGCCCUCCAGUCCCUCCUCCUCUUCCACGUCCUCCCAUCCCGCGUCCACAAGCUCUCCUCCUCCUCCUCCCAGUCCCACCAGACGCUCGCCGGCGAGCCGCUGGAGCUCGCCACCGCUCCCGACGGCGCGGUGCGUGUCGGCGGCGCGGCGGUGACGCACCCGGACGCGGUGGUGCGCCCGGACGGCGUGAUUCACGGCAUCGAGCGGCUCCUGGUCCCGCGCUCAGUCCAGGAAGCCUUCAACCGGCGGCGCAGCCUGGCGGCCAUCUCCGCCGUGCUCCCGACCGGCGCCCCUGAAGUCGACCCGCGCACGCACCGCCUGAAGAAGCCCGCCCCUCCCGUCCCGCUCGGCGCUACUCCCAUCCUCCCCGUCUGGGACGCGAUGGCUCCCGGCCCCUCCAUCGCGCCGGCGCCGGCCCCGGGGCCCGGGUCCGGGAAGCACCACUUCGACGGGCACAGCCAGGUGAAGGACUUCAUCCAGACCCUCCUCCUGUACGGCGGGUACAACGAGCUCGCCGACAUCCUCGUCAACCUCACCUCCCUCGCCACCGAGAUGGGCCGCCUCGUCUCCGAGGGGUACGUGCUCACCGUGCUCGCGCCCAACGAUGAGGCCAUGGCGCGCCUCACCACGGACCAGCUCUCCGAGCCGGGGUCGCCGGAGGACAUCCUCUACUACCACAUGGUGCCCGAGUACCAGACGGAGGAGAGCAUGUACAACGCGGUGCGGCGGUUCGGGAAGGUCCGGUACGACACGCUCCGGCUGCCGCACAAGGUGACCGCGCGCGAGGCCGACGGCUCCGUCAAGUUCGGCGCCGGCGAGGGCAGCGCGUACCUCUUCGACCCGGACAUAUACACCGACGGCAGGAUCUCCGUGCAGGGCAUCGACGCGGUGCUGUUCCCGCCGGUCGAGGAUGGAGGGAAGUCCCCCGCCGCCGCCGCCGCCGCCAAGCCCGCAAGGAGGGCGCCCGCCGUCACCGGCGCCACCGCCAAGCCCAAGCUCCGGCGAGGGAAGUUGUUGGAAGGGGCUUGCCAGUUCAUGGGCGUCUUCGUCCGGCGGUCACGGUUCGCUAGCUGCCAAUAAACCACGGACGGAUCACGGAUGAAUGUUGUUACAUCUCAUUCCGCUUCUGUCUGGCUCGUCACGGAUGGACGAAGAAAUUUUGUUUUGGCCUGUCAAUUAGGAGGCAGUAGUCACGAGCCGCGAAGAGUAAUUGGCAGAUGCAGAGCAGGGUAUAUGGCUGUGAGAACCGGGGAAGAGGAGAAAUGAGUGGAUGAGGAACUGUUUAUACUGGAGAGCGACAUUAUGUAUAUAGCAUUAGAGCCUUUUUUUUCCUUUCGCUUUUGAUUUGUUUCAUUCUUUUUGUUGAUUACGUUAUGUUAAUUACCUUUUUUUCAUAAAACAGAAACCAGGACGAAAAUUAGUCCAUGGGUCAUUCUUUUUGUGCACACUUUCA